CGCAAGAGAAAUACAUCAUAAAUUUGUUAUAGGCUCAUAUUCGUACUCAAUCCAAGUGUUCACUCUACACUGUUUGCCUGGUGCCUGACCUUACAGUACUAAGGCACAGGCUGCCAACCUUUGGUCUAUGCUAAAACACACUACUUAAGGAUAUAGAAGUAUCGAAAUCCCAUACACCUCUCACGUUUUGAAAAUCAACAGAGAUAUUUGGGAGAUAAGGCAACGUAAUUCAUAAGCCUAAACAAAAGCCACUUCACUACACUGACAACGUCAAGCUGUCACACACUAUGACUUCCAGGCUUUCUGCCAGUCGGCGGAUGCCCUGGGAGUCAUCGCCACAAAUGUCUUAUCAGUCUUCACGCUCGAGUAGUGUUCGCUCAAUGAUUGCUGGGUCUAUCCGCUUUGUGCAUCGCACAUUGAGAGACCGCCGAUCCGUGAUGCUUAUUGGGUUUCUGGUUCUUAUUAUUGUAUACAAAUACAGGAAAAUAGAAACAAUCAGGAUGAGAGAGAGACUACCGUUAGCGCCUUGGUCGCCAGCCCUGUCUGCGGCUGAACGAGAGGGUCUGAAGAAUCCACCGCCACUGCCGUGCCACCCGGUCGCCCCAGAACACCAACUGCAGAAGAGGAAGUUCGACAGAAACGGACAGACACUCGAGAAUCUCCUCAAACAGAGGGCUAUAGACAAUAUGAUCAUUGUCACGUUUGCAUCGGAAAACCAGAGGAUAUUGUUGAGAAAUUUCGGAUGCUCGCUUAAGAGACACCACAGUAAUUGGAUAGUCAUUGCGUACGACAAAAUCACAGCGGAUGAUGUGGCUAAAACAUUCGGUAGUAAGAGCCCGCACUCGUACUAUGACACUACGCUGCUGGGCGAUAAUAUGACCUCAAACUUUGCCCUGGACGAUGAUAAUAAGGAGCUCGUGUGGCGGAACCUGAUGCAUAUCAAGCUCAGCACAGUGCGUGCAAUUCUUGAUCUGGGGUAUGAAGUUAUGGUGGCCGACGCGGAUACGGCCGUACUACGGAGCAUCACACAGAGUGUUCAACUGAAAAACCAAUGCGACAUGCAAUUCCAGCCCGAUCCAAAGGACGUCUUCGACUACGAACAGUUCCGAGGGGAACACAACAGCUUUAACUGUGGUGUGUACUUUGUCAAACCAUCUGCCCCUGUGCUGCGAUUGUACGAUGCGUGGCUUGCGGCGUUCAACUGUGAAGAGGGGGCGCGAGAGCAGCAGGCACUCCGAACGGCUCUCAAGCGCCUGGUGGAGUACAAAGACUACCACGUUUUCGAUCCCAGAACAAAUACACCUUUCUAUUACCCGUCUGAUUUGGAUGGGUCUUCAUUAGUGGAGAGUAAAGGAACGUCAGGCAAAAGGGAACAUAUAACGCCAGGAGGUGUCAAAAUGUGUUACUUCCAUCCCAGAGACUUUCCGAACGGCGGAAUCUACUUUCUUGCGAAUGCUAGGUAUAGGCGAGUCUUUGGUGAUGACGCUCCCGUGGUGCUACAUGCCAACUAUAUGAAGUCCAAAUUCUACCGCAAGAUCGAGGCGUUCCAGACAGUCGGUGCAUGGUUUAUGGACGAUGAUCUGAAGUGUACAGAAAAGCAAGCACAGCCCAAUGGCAAGGCGAUUGAUGCGAAAGAGCUGACUAAAAAGCUCGAUGAGGGCUGAUCCAAGCGCUAACUAUGAAAUAUAAACAAUAUAAAUUUGAACACAUACGAAAACGUGCGACUAACUCAUAUUUCAUAGCCUCAUAGCCGUGCCGUAUAAAGUAUAGCGAAAUCGGG